AUGGAACAUACAUCUCAAGCAAAUUCUUUCAAAGAUAGUUUCACUCAUACAGCUUUUCAGAGUUUGCAUUUAUAUAGCUAUACCUUCGGUGGUGGGACAAUGACCGACAAACACAUAGAAAUUAGAAUCAGAAAAAAUCGUAAAGGAAUAGAACCUUAUAAAACAUUUGUCCACAUUUAA